AUGUUAGAGGGAAUUAGGAGAGUCACAAUGAUUAGGUUAGCUGCAAGGAGGCAGAAGUGUGAAGAUUGGGAGAGGCUAUGUCCAAACAUUGUGAAGAGAGUUCAAGUAUUGUGCAAUGAGAGUAGGUCUUGCAGGGGUUUCAUGUCUAGUCCAGGGGAGUAUGAGGUGAUGGAGGGUAAAUCAACUUUGUCUAUCAGUUUGAACCAACACACAUGCCUUUGCAAUUUGUGGCAACUCACUGGCAUACCAUGUAGGCAUGUAAUGAGAGCUAUUCUUCAUGAAGGUCAUGAUCCACAAUCAUUUGUUCAUGAAUGGUAUUCAGUGGAGAAAUAUAAGUUGGCCUAUGGUCACAGCAUUAAACCUAUCCCUGACCAAGAUAAGUGGCCAGCUACUGAGCACCCUACUAUAUUACCUCCUGUGAUCAAGAGAGAUGUUGGUAGGCCUUGUAGGAACAGAAAGAGAAGUGAUGAUGAAGAGAGGAAGGGAAAGAGGAGCAAAACAAUAAAAUGUGGGAAGUGUGGAGAUUUUGGUCACAACAAGGCCACCUGCAAGAGAAGGGCAACAAAAAAACAAAAGGCAGCAAGAAACAAUGAUAAUGCUUCAACUUCCAAGAGCAAGGGAAAGUCAGUAGUAAAGCAGAAGACAUCAUCAAAGAAGGGAAAAGGCAAAGCAAAGUGA